AUGAUAGGAAAUAAUGCAGCAGGAGUCCCUCAAUUUCCACCAGAGCCAGUUCCAAGAAUUAAACCAAAACAUGGUUAUGAGUGGUAUUAAGAUAACAAAAUAGUUAAGAUUAGAAUCCCAAUUAAAGGAAUCACUAUGAAGAAAAUUGAUAUCUUUAUUUCAGAUUUAGUUUUAAAAAUUAACAUCACAGAAAAGAAGUGGGUCAGAGUUUUGGACCUUAAGCAUGAAAUCGACUUUUAAGGAUAAGAAAACAAUGUCGUUUAUGCAAAUGAAGUUCUAGAAAUAAUUUUAGUAAAGAAAGAAGAAAAAAAACAUUGGGAAGACCUUAUCGAGGAUGGUCUAGAUAAGGAAUAAAUAAAGAAAAGAAGAUAAGAAUCAUUCUAAAGAAGAGAGACAGCUUAUUAAGAGCACUUAAAGCAAAGAAAUGAUUUAAAAAUAAAAUUCGAUACUCAUGCCACUAAAGAACAAAUGAGAUUGGAAGAUGAAAACAGAAAGGUUUUAGAAGUCAAAAAGACCGAAGAAAAAAAUUAAGCAAUUGAUAAAAUAUAUGAUGAUGUUGAUGAAAAAGGAAACAUAACUCAAAACUAAGAAUAGAAAACAAAGGUCAAGGAAGAAAUCAAACCUUAAAUUAUUUGGACUCAUAAAUACGACGAUACUAUUUUCAACGAUGAAGACAUUUUCAGGAACGAAGAAUUAGCUGUUGAAUAUGAUGAUAAACCAAAGGUGAGAGAAUAAAAGAAGUUAGAUUUAGCCUUUACUUAGAGAAUGUAUCCAGGAGUUGCUGCUAGAGAAUAACACUUUAAAGAACCUCCCCUUCCAAAAGUAAAAUAAUAGUAAGAAAAGAGCGGCGAUGAUUUAGAAAAUAAAAAUCCUCUUUGGUUGAAGGACAGAGGUGACGAAUUCUAUAAAAAUUAAGAUUUUUAUUCAGCUAUUAUGGCAUAUAAUUAAGCCUACAAACUAGAUUAGUCUAUGAUAAAUUGUAUAGCUAAUCGUUGUGCUUGCAAUAUCCAUUUAUAUAACUAUGAAGAAGCACUGAUGGAUGCAGAUAUGGUCCUUAGCUACUGCAAUUCUCUAAAAGAAGAAGAAAAAGAGCUUGCUAAAAACUAAUCUUUAAGACUAAAAACAAUUUUAAGGAAAGCUAUUGCAACAUCAUGGAAGGGAGAUGUUGAUAGAAGUUUAGAAAUUUUAGACAAGUCUUUAAGUGAAGAUAUCUUUUACUUGAAAGACAACUAGCUGAUUUAAUAGUUUGAAGGAGUUUAAUAAACUAUAUAAAAAAGAAAAGAAAGUAUUUUAAUAAAAAAGCAAGGAGAUACUCUUUUCAAAUCUGCUUAGUAUGAAAAAGCCUUAGAAAAAUAUUUUAAAUGCCUUGAAAUUGACAAUAAUGAAACAGCUAUGGGAAAUAUAAGUUUAACAUAUCUUAAGAUGGGUAAAAACUAAGAGUGUGUUGAAUUUUGCAAUAAAAGUAUUGAAAAAGUUUAAAAAUUUACAAGAUUUGCAAGCUUUAACCCAAUAAAUAAGCAAAGUGUGUAAGAUUCAAAUAAUUUUUUGAUAAAGCUUUACAUAAGAAAGGCAAAAGCUCAAUAGUAACUGAAAUUAUUAAAAGAAUCAUUUGAUACAAUUAAACAAGCUAUUUAAAUUAAUGAUAAAAACUCUGAGGCUAAAGAAAUUUAUAAAGAAAUAGAAAAAUCUUUUGCAAUUGAAGAAGUCAAUCAUCUUAAAGCAUAAGCAGCUGCAUUUAUGAAAGAAAAUAAAGUAAGUGAAGCACUUGAAAUUUAUAAUGAAUGCUUGAAGAAAAUAGAUAGUACUGAAACAAUAGAAUAUUUAGCCAUAUUACUAAACAGAUGUGCAUGCUUCCUGAAGUUAGAAAAGUAUGAAGAUAUUAUAACAAAUUGCCUUCGUGGUCUUAAAAUAAUUAGAAGCUACAAAAAUAGAGUCAUCUCUUGGACAAAUCAAAAAUUAACUAAAGAGGAAAAAGAUAAAUUAAUUAGCUUUGAAUCCAGGUUCUUGGUCAGAAGAGCAAAUGCUUAUUUGAAAUAGAAUUUAAUUUUCAAUGCCAAAUCUGACCUAGAAGAAGCUUUAAAAUUAGAUCCUAAUAACGAAUAAUUAAAAUAAGAUAUUUUAAAAAUAGAUGUAACAAUUAAUGAAACUAAAAAAUGA